CCGUUCGUACAGCGAGCAUAGGUAAAGUUUUUUUGAGUUUCUUGUAGACUUUUAUUAACGUUGCAGCUCUAAUAGCUUGUAUGCUUGAAGUAUUCCAGCGUCUCAAAUAGACGUCUGUUUAAUAUUAAACCGAAAUACUAUUAUUCUUAUUACCGUAGUGAAUUUCGAUUGCUGUAUUGUAUUAGUUUUAAUUUGGAAAUAGUAGGUACAGGUAGCAGUGCACCGAAUUACUGUGAGUUAAUUUUUGUAUUUAUUAUUUUAUUAGAUAUUUAUGGUAUAUUGUUAAAGGUCGCGCUGGCCGCCAAAUAAUUUACUAUUUCGCAUGUUCUCAAAUCGCCACGAUUUCCUAAUCGUUUAUUUGUACAUUCCGAUAUUAUUGUAAUCUUUCUACUGCGAAUUAUUAUCAUUUAUAUCACUUAGUUUCUGAAAUUGCUAUUAUAUAGCAACGUAGUUACCAAUUAAUUUGCCGUCUUCGGUUUUAUUUAGUUGCCUUUUUCCGUUAGUUACAAGUACACGAGCAUUCCCCGUACACGCAAACACACAUUUAUACAGAACACACGUUACAUAGCUCGAUGGUAUUUGCCCGGCGACCCCGACCACUGCUGUUCGAGCUAUCACACCACUACACACCCAGCUGUCCCUCCGUACCCCUGUACCUAGGUGUUAGUGGCGUGCGUAAGGAGUUGGUGUCCGGGCGCGCGUAAUAUCGCUUUACGCUCCCGGCCCGUUCACAUUCAACCGACAGCAUACUCAAGAAAGUCAAGGCCGUACCUGGCUGGACCUAAUUUUCAGCAUGAAUUUUAAAUUGACUCAUCUAUAUAUUAUCGUUGUUAAUUUUGUUUUUUUUUUUUACAAACAUAAUUGGCCAUAUCUUGAAAAUAAUGAACAAUACUUUUAAAAAAAAUCAGGUGGGGAUAAAACCCUAAAUUCCCUCAGGCACGCCCUUGAAAAUGGUAGUCAUUGUAUUUAUUACAAUAUACCGUGUGUCGGAAAUGAAAAAUGCUACCUAUCAUUUGUAGACUUUACGUAAUACAUUUUUUGCUGGAUGUUCACAAAUUCGUAACGAUGAAGAACCGUACUAUGUUGGUUUAAUUUAUUAAAUAAGUGCACUAAAAAAAUGACAGAAAUAUUGAAAAAUUGGCAUUUUGAAAAUACAACAUUCAAAACUCGGUUCAAUGUUAGGUACGUAUGUGGUUAAGCUAAGAAAAACAAAAAUUAAUUUGCAACAAAUACACAAGUCUAACAUGUAAUAAUAAUAAAAUGACACUCGUCAUAAUAAUAAAGCUUAUCUCAUUUCGCAUGUAAUCAACUAAAAAUAUACCUAUACGUGCAAAUAAAUACAGCAUAAAAGAAGACGGAACAAAUAUAAACAAACAUUGCGCGCAGCCAAGUCCGACCGGUCGAAACGUGGAGAGAGGGAACGCUACGACAGGUCCCUGGUACGACAGUGGCGCACUGACGCGUACCUGGUAUGUGGUCAGUGUGUGGAGUGCGUCGAUAGUUGCGAACUACGGUCUACGGUAUCAAAGCGCCCAACGUGUGUUAGUUUAAUUCCGUUAUACAGCACUGUAAAGUUGGGUCAUCGCCGUACUCGACCUAACCGAAAAUCGCCGUUCGUUAUUUCUACAGUUUCACACGCGUCCCGCGGAAUUUGUAGGUACCUAAGCUGCGGACUCCGAUCAUGCCUAAUUCCGUAGCCACCGUUGACCGUCCCGAAAUGACCGGAGCAGGAUUGCUCUUGCUGCUGAUGCUACUGGCCAGCAAAUCACCGCGUCCGGCUGCGGCUAACGACGCGUGCCCGAUGAACGCAUCAGAACCUGCGCCCGAGGGUGCCCAUUUGUUGGAUGGCGUUCUGUGGGCAAACGAACGUUCGUACCAACCUCCGGCGUACCGAACAGCCCCGGACGGCCACGGGUACGUGUUGUGCACGUGCAUAAUCAAACCGUGCGUGCGUAAGUGCUGCGGGCCCGGAAAAAUUUACCAGGUCGCAAAAAGAUGCACGAAACCCAUCACCGACGGAGAUGAGCCCGUAAACUUCACGGUAGGUUCAAAAAGCACGUGUUUUAAGUAAAAUUAUCGAAAUGUUAUUAUCUAAUGGGGGAUAGGGUAUUUGUCGACAAAUAUAUCACGUCAAUAUUAUCAUUAGUAUAAUACACGUAUACUCGCACGUAUAUCGCAUUGAAAUAUGAAAACAAUUUUUUUAUUAGUUUAGUAUUUUUUUUUUCAAACUAUAUCUCUUAAAAUGCGAGUUCAGAUAAUAAUUUAACAGAUCUUACGUUCUUGUAUUUAUUUAUAUAUAUCGUAUGUAUUAUUUUUUAAAUUCGUGUUUGGAAACCUGGAAAUCAAAGUUUUCCCUCCUCUAAAAAUUAUGUUAUAGACACCUAAUACCUCUAUCAGGGAUUAGGUUAGGUCAGACGUAGCAGGACUUAUUUUAAAGUUCUUCUCCUUACUGCCCGAAAGCCAAAUAAAUUGUAAAAAAUAUUGCUUGCCCAUACAAAUUUUAAUAACAUCGCACAUAUUUCUUUUUUUCGUUUAUUUUAAUCAUUUUCAUUGUUCAACAUUUUCUUCUAAAAACAAAAUUAGUAGUCAUAUUGAUAUAGGUAUUUAAAUAUAAUAAUUAAAAUGUUGAUAACGCAAUACGAAAAAUGUUAUAAAUUGUAGUUACCUAAAACAUAUUUUGUUAAUAAUCUUUCAAAUGGCAUUCUUACAAACAACUUAGGUAAAUAUUUAUUGAACAUUUAAAACAAACAGAUAUUUGUUUUCAACACUUUACGUACCUAAGAGUUUAUUGUUGAAUACAGAAUAUGAGUACAAUUUUAAACCUACUGUAAAAUACAUUCCUCGCUCCACUGAGAAUCUAAAACGAUCAUUACAUGAUUCUAUAAUAAAAUGGCUGAAGGAAAUCAAAAUCAAUUUUGCUCAAAAUCUUCGCAGAUUAUCAGUUGGAUCAUAAUAAAAAAAAAAAAUCACUGUACACCAUAAUACCGUACAGUUUUAAUGUUGUGACAAUGACGUUUACGAUUUCAAUUAUGUUCGUUUCGUAAACAUCAUUUUGGGAAUCUCCAAGAAUUGAAACUAAUAUUAUGACCAAAAGAAUAAUCUACUAUUGAGUAUUCACGUACCUUCAGUUGAAAAUAAAGAUUGUUUUUAAACUCGUAUAUUAUUUAUUUUCGUCGUUUAGUUCCUACUAUCUAUCGUUUUUAAUAUUCCUGUACGAAUAAGACAAUAAAUAUUAUCAGCUGUAGUUUACUAUUUAGCAGUUUGACAUUAUCUAUAAUAUUAUAAUAAUAUUUCGCAUUGAAAUUCCGUAAUAAUAUUUUUAAUAAACUGAAAAUGUAUGUAUAAUAAUAUUAUGUUAAAGAAAUGUAUAAUCACAAAGAUUUUGUCAUUCACCAAAAAUUAUGUGUUUACUGUUUACGUAUAUCUACAACAAUUAUAGAUAUGCAAUAUUAUUAACAUAAUAUACGUGACUUUUUUUUAUAUACAUAUAUAUAGCUUUUAUCCGCGUCUUCGUCCACGUAGACUUAAACGAUAGUGUCUUUCAAUAGUAGGUAGAUUGGUAGAUUAAGAAUUAGGUUAGGAGACACAAAGGCGAAACGGGUUGCUAGUUCAAAUCAUGUCAAACCCGAACUUAUUUUUUAUUAUUUUUGGUUCAUUAAUUAAUAAAAAUUUUAAACAUUGAUUAUUUAUCAUAAAAACAAUGUUAUAUAAUCUUGAGUCAAAAGAUCAUAUUUUGGUGUAUAUUUAAGGUAUUUUUUAACUUAAAAAUUCAAUAAUACUGUAAGAUUUUUUUUAGUUAACAUUAACAAUGGUACAUUUACAAUAGUAUAAUGCUAUGGGGAAAAUUGUUAUUUCCGUACAUUGUACUGUUUGUCUCGAUUAACAAGAAAAAUCAAAAAAUGGCCUCUAAUUCGACAACUAGUCAAAAUUUUCUAACAGAUACUAUACCCUUGAAGUUGAUGAUUGGAGUAAUAUUUCUGGUGGAAAAGCUGUUUGCAAACACAUCAUAGUAAAACCAAUGCUUCGCUCGGAAUCUUAAAAUAUUAUAAAACUAUUUUUUUUUUUUUUUUUUAAACGUUAUAUAAGAGAAUUUACACUAUCUUUUAUAAAAUAAUACUAAAUUCGCUCACAAAUAUCUAUCAUAUUUAUUGCACUGAGUGUUUUCUAGAUACCAAAAUAUGUAAACGGAUUGGGUAUGAUCGAGAGUUACGAGGUGGAUAAAUUCAGUUUAAUUUACGAUGAACUAAAAUGUAAAAAUGGCAAAUCCCGGUUGAACCCGAGGGACGAGGAUACCGAACACUUUCGUAUAUCCGAAACGGGACUGUUACUGAACAAGAUGAACAAGACUAUCGCUACAGCCGGUCAAUUUUGUUUGGAACAAUUCUCUGACGUUGAAAAUUUAAUCAUACCCCUAGUGUGCAAUCCGAAUGCAAUUCCUAUAAAUAUGUACUAUACGAUCGGAAUGGUAUUGUCACUGCCGUUUUUGUUUUCGACGUUUCUCGUAUACGCACUCGUAAAGGAAUUACAAAAUCUACACGGAAAGUCUCUGAUGUGUCACGUAGCAACACUGUUCGUGGCGUAUAGUAGUUUAAUAAUCAUUCAAUUGGCCACCAGCAAGAUUGACCAAAGAGUUUGCAUUAUUUUUGGUAUGUAAAACAUAAUUAUUUUUAUUUAAUUUAAUUAUGAAUAUAGUAUGAUUGAUUUUUCGAUCAAUGAUAGUAAAAAUUAAUAUUUCAAAUUUCCGAAUUUGGGUUACUACAGCGCAUGUAAACAUACAUACAUUGAAAUAAAUAUUAUCUUCCUACAAAGUUAAAAUCUCGUGUAAUAAUAUGUUAUAUAAAUUAAAAAUUAUUAUUUUUCGUCCCUCAUCACUUUAUGGCAUUAUAUAAAAAUUAGAUAUCUAUUGAUAAAAAGUAAUAUAGUAUACUAAUUUUAAGGUAGGGGCAGUCAAAAAAUGUUUCGAAAAUAUUAAAGAAAGGACAAAUGUGGAUGAAUCCAGAAGUGUAAUUUCUAUAGAGCGAUAUUGCCUACUAUGGCCAUCUCGACAACUUUUUUCUAUCGACAUGUUUUGACACGAACUCGUGAAGGGAACGAGGGUCCCAAAACGAAGCAAUCUGAAAUUGAUAACAAUAAUAGCAACAUAUGACAAAUUUACACGACCAUGUUAAACACGUCGUGGUAAAUAUGGUUUGACUAACCAUAAUUGACCUGAUGCCGAAACGGAUUCCAGAAUGUUAAUAUACGCCCGUGUCGCGUUUUCGAAAACGAUCCUUAUGAAUUAGAAUUUUCGAACUGCUCAUCACUACUAUGUUUAUACUCAACCAUUGACCAUAUAAUUAAAAUUAAUAUAAUUAAUAUUUUCGUAUUGAAGUAGCAUAUUAAAUAUCUCAGUUAUUUUGAAAACAAGUCCUAUAAAAAAAUAAAAUAAAUCGAAUUUUGUCGGCAAUAUAAGUAGCUGUCUAAUUCCUGACUUCCAGAGUGUAUUAUAUAUUUACUUAUAUAGCACAUUAGUUAUUACAAAUUGUAAAUAAAUGCCACUUUGGAGCUGUCCACGAUGCGUUAUAAUGCGCGUUUCUAAUGGCUGUUGUUAUCUCUAACCGAAUUGGCUUUAUUGGUUACAACUUAAAAUUAUGUCUUGAUGGGUACAGUAGUAUAAGUAAUUAGUUAUCUAGUUUGUUAUUUACAGUUUUAUAAAAUAUAUAUUAUAUUAAUGUUAUUGAAUGGGUGGUUGUAUACAUUUAAUAUAUUUUUCAAAUCUGUUCUAAAAAUUUUUAUCCAAUGGCUAGAACACGUUGUUUUUUUUUUCAUAACGGUUGUAGCAUUAUUGAGCCAAAAUAGAUAGAAAAUCACCGUUUUCAAUAAAAAGUUUUGAAAUAAUAGAUACAAGUUAGGUAGGUAUAGAAUAAUAUUAGGUACAGAAAUACGUAUUUUAUAAAAUACAAAAAUACUAGUUCCAAAAUUUCAGAGAAAAUUAUAACUUUCUAGGAAUUUAAAUAUUAAGGUGUGAAUAUAUUUGUUGAGCAAUUAGUUUUUACAUUAAAACAAAGCACAUAAUAAUAGGUAGAUAUAGGUGUUACCAAGGUCUUAUUCCGCGGUCCGUACGCAGUACACAUCAAAAUAAGCUGUUUUAUAAAUUUGUACAACUUUUAAUUUAUUUUUAAAUAUUCUGGAAUCGUUUUGAUUUUUGACACAUUAUAAUAUGAUUUUGAAACUAUACAUUUUUGACAAUAAUUGUAAUUUAAAUAAUAAAAGUUAAAAUGCAUAAUUUGAAUGUAGGUACCCAAAUUAUAUAAAAAUAUAACACCCAUAGGAAGGCUUGAAUGUUUAAACUGGAUAUAGACUAGUUAUUUAUUUUAAAAAUCUUCAUAUAUAAGGUCAGGCAAAGUUGCUUGUUUCAAAAGUUCAAUAAAAUGAAAAGUAUUAGGUGGCGCCAUCUAUUGUCCAGAACACUGUAAUAGCCGAAUUCGCAAGUUUCAUUAAAUUUCCCUAAUAAGGGAUCUUCAUUGGUUCACUUACCAAUUUAACCCAUAGCUCUUUACCAGUGGUGCCGAAGCAAUUAUUAAAACAUAUUGUGGGUAAAAAUUGAUCAAAAAUUAUAUAAAAUGUGUAAAAAUAAUUGUUAUUACACCUACUAUUAUAGAAUUAUGAAUAUUGAUAAUUAAUUUGAAAAAAAAAAUGUAGCACCGACCACUACCAACAAGUAGGUAUUGCCAAUGCACUUCGCGGUUUAUUCUUAUGGUGCUAUCUUAAAUCCCUUGUUUAUACCGAUCGUCUCAACAACCCAGCUCACUUUAAGUACAACAUUUGAAAAGCAAUAACUAACAAACCUAGCUACGAUGUUAUGACGGAGAGAGUCGACCCUCACAACUCUUCCAACUCCGGCUUCAACUGUCUGGACAAUGGAGAGCGCUACAUGCCUGAUAUGUAUUAUGGUCAAAACCGUCCAAAAAAAAAUUUAAUUCGAUAUACCUAUUAAACCUACCUAAUACUUUUAUUUUAUUUUAGGUACUUUAAAAUAUAAGCAAGUAAUUCUGCCAGGUCUUACAUUUACACAAAUUCAAUCUAAUAACGAACUACACAUUUUCUAUACCUAUUUGAGUUAUGGCAUUAAUAGAUCAGACAUUUGUCAAUCACACAAUGAUGAACUUAAUUCAUAAACAGACUAAUUCACUUUUACUUAAUAUUCACUAGAUAAUAGCACCUAAACCGUUAUCGCAUAUAAAUGUACACACAUUUUUAAGAUUAAAAAUUUAAUAUUUCUCCUAUACCUUAAUACUAAUAUUUUGGGUACCUAUAGUCCAUUAUUCAAGGCCUCAUAUGAAGUAUCAAAACAUCCAAUUAUGAAAUGGGUUUACUAUAUUAACGAAAUUACUUUUUAAAAAUAUUUUAAUCUAACAAAAUGAGCGAUAGGUAUACCUACUAAACACAGACUUUAAACAUCACGUAAUCAAAUAUAAUAUGUUUCUCUGUUUCAGCGUACAUUAUUCAAUUCUCUUUUUUAGCAAGUUUUUUUUGGUUAAAUGUUAUGUGUUUUGAUCUAUGGUGGACUUUCAGGUAAAUCAAAUACCUACCUACAAUAUUUUCAAUCCCUAUUUAUUUAAAAUCCCAAAUCAGAAUAUAUAAUACAUAAGUAUUUGAGAAAAAUAAAAUGAACAAAUUGCUUACCACUAGAUAUUCGUUAAGGGGGCUCGUCAUUAACAUUUGUAUUCUUAUUGUCUCGUACAUACCUAAUAUAAAUCUAGGUAAAAAUGUCCGAGGAAAUUAUGAAGAACCAAAAUCAAAAUUCAAAUUCAAAAUACUUUACGAAUACUUCUAUUGAGAUGAAAAUAAAAUCAAAUAAAAUUCUAUUAAAAAUAUACAAUUUUUUUGUGUUCAAAAUAUUCUGCAAAAUGAUAUUUUAAAUAUAUAUAUUAUACACAAAGAAAAAUAUUUUUAAAUGAUUACAUUACCAAAUUGUUAAUUGACAUAAUAAUAGUAUUAAUCGUUGAAAAAAUGAGUUUUUUGUCUAUAUUAAUAUAGUAAUAUUACAAAGAAAAAAGAUUUGUUUGUAUUUUUGUAAUGGAUAAACAAAACAAAUUCUUAACCGAUUUUAAAACUCCUUUCACCUAUACAAAUCUACGUUAUCAAUGAGUAACAUUUGCUGUAUUUUAUUUUCAAAAGGACGCCUAUAAAUACCGGAAAUGAAACAACUGGACAGUAAAAGUUAAGGAAUUAAUAUUCUAGAAUAACAUAUAACUAGAAAACAAUAUGGAUGAAAUUGAAACGAAUUGAAAUUUAAGUUUACGGAAUGUAAUUAUGAGAGAAAAAAAUAACAAAGAACGUAAAUUUGCCUGAAUUAAAUAACUAACUGUAAAAUGCCCGGAAUAUAUAUUAUUUUUAAUUUCAUGUAUAUUGUUUUCUAGUUAUUUAUAGUACGGAAUGUGUUUCCGAACAGAAUUUUCCCUUUUUUUUUUUUUUCUGUUUCUUAGUUUUAAGUUCUAAACCGAUCACAGUCAGUGUGUUUAAAUUCCGUUGAUUUUACAGUCCAAGACUUAAUUUUCAAUGUAUUUUACUUUCGUUAAAUCUUAAAAUACGGGACUACUUAUUCCGAUUACCAAGUAUAGUAUAUUUUCUGAAAGGAAAUGUUCUCUGGGUGGUACAUAUUAAGUCAUAUUUUAAAAUUCACAUUAAUGAUCGAGAAAAUGCGGAAAACCUAAUUAUAUAAGUUUAAAAAAGAUUAAUAGAUUAAAAAACAGUUGUUAUUGGUAAUACGUUUUAUUUAUUUUUAAGUUUUUAUUAUUUUAAUCUUUUUUAAACAAUCAUUGUUGUCAUGAAAACGCACAUUUUUAUAAUCAUUUUACCAUAAUAUGACAUAUGUAUUGUUGACAAAAUAACAUUAUCAACUGAACUCAGCUCAGAAUCGUUUUUUCGUUAGUGAUGGUUUAUUAUUGCUUACAGAUAUACAUUAAAUUCCCAUCUGUAUCCUACCUUCCCAAUUUCCCACCUACACAGUUACUGUACCCACAUAUACGUACAAAGUAUGCCAGUUUUUUUUUUCAAAUUGCAUUAAUCUAAUCAAAACCAAAUUCACAUUUUUAUUAUUUUUUGAUUCUGACAUCUGUGCCACAAACAUUUUUUCCUCGGACAUUUUGGUAGAAUAUCAUUUAAUAUAGCAACAAAUGAAUUUCACACUUCCAUGGUUGCGACUUACUAGUUGAGUUUAAUGCAAGGAGACCAACAUACAUUUUAUGAAGAAGAGUAUUUUAUAUGGAUCCUACAAAUGAUUUUUUUAAUAUUUUCAUUCUUUAAUAAGUAAGUCCUUAAUGGUAAAAUUAAGAAAAAGUAAAUUAAAUUUAAAUACGUACCUAUUUUUUGAUCAAAAAUUCAAAACAUCAUAAAUAAGUAAAUACUCUUCCUUUAUAAAAUGUAUAAUAGAUCUCUUUCCCUCAACCAGAGUCACAAUCAUUGAAGUGCUGAAUAUGUUUGUUCCUAUAAUAUUGUGCGCAAGACAGAGAAAAAUACUAAGUAAGUAUGUGUAGAGACCCUUUAAACCAAAAUUUAAAAACCAUAACAAUAUUUGUUAGUUUAUAUUAAAUUUUAAUAAAAUUGUAUAGUAUAGUAUAUAUUAGUUAUAAUUUUUUCUUAAUAUUUUUAACAAAUAUUCAAUCUAUUCCCCAAAGAAAGGCCCUAAUUAUUCUACUGAAUGUUUUAAUAAAAAUUAAUAAUUUACCAUGAACAAACUUGUCAUAUAAUACUUAUAGUUGAGAGUUGAAAAUUGAUCUUUUUUAAUGAUUACAUGAAUUUAUGCAUUAUUAUUUUUAGUGGUUACAGGCCAUUAAGAGGUCACUUAGUAGAAUAUGAAUCAAAAAAGUUCAUAAUUUAUUCUAUAUAUGCAUGGGGAUGCACCCUGAUAAUUUCAAUAUUUACAUAUUACAUGGAGUUAUCAUCAAGUACAUCAUCGGCUAUUAGUCGUCCAAAAUUUGGUGAACAGAGUUGUUGGUUUGGUUGUAAGUACUUAUUGUACCUAUUUUUUUUUUGUUUUUGUUAUAUUUAAUUUUAGUUAAAUUCUAUAACAUUAUAACUAAAAUCAACACUAGUUCUAAAAUUAUUUUUCCAAAAUGUUUAUUUUAGCAAAAAUGGCUAAACUGAUAUAUUUCUAUGGACCGAUAAUUAUUCUAUUAUUUUUUAAUUUGUUAAUGUUUAUAUAUACUGCAAUAAUGAUUGUUAAAAAUAUGAAUCAUGCAAAAGUACUCAACGGAUCUGAAAGCACUAAAAAUGUGAAUCAUGAAAAACAAAGGUAAAUAAUAUUAUUGUUAGGUACUUAUAAAUUACAUUAUUUUAAUUUUAAUAAGGAUAUUAAAGAAAAAGAACUUAUUACGAACUUGAUUUAUUUUCUACUUAACUAAUAUAAUAGGUAUUUAAAAUAUUUAUAAAUUUAAUAUUUUGUUACAGAUUCAUGUUGUAUUUGAAAUUAUUUAUUGUAAUGGGUGUCAAUUGGUCGGCAGAAAUUAUAUCUUUUGCGUUUGAUUUUGCUCCUGAAUAUAUUUGGUAUGUCACAGAUAUCGGGAACACGUUACAAGGAGUGUUGAUAUUUUUAAUUUUUGUGUGUAAAAAACGUGUUUUAAAACUGUUGAACAAAAAACUAUGUCCACAAUUGAAGCUUUUUAAAACAUCUACUAGUGUAUCUACUGUAACCACUAAUAGCUCUAUCUACAGAAAUAGUUCCCAAGUAAAAGAUGGUACAAUGACCUUUGACAAUUUACAGAAUUCAACUAGUAAUCAAUUGUAUGAUUUUAAAGCCUAAUGACUGUGACAUAAAAAUAAAAUACCUGGUUAAGUAUUAAGUACCUAUAAUUUUUUUUGUUUAUUAUUAAAAUUUAUACUAUAGCAGUUUACUUCAUUAUUUUCAUUAUUAAUAUACUUUUGACUCCAAUAUACUUUGAUUAAAAUACAGAUUAUGAUUUUUGUAGUAACGCGGUACUUAUUAUAUUAUAAUUAUAUGUUAGCAAUAUGAUCAUAGAUACCUAUGUAUUUAGUUAUACUAUUUAUGAUUUUAUGAAUAGGCAUGAUAUUAUAUAGUAUAUGAUAUUCUACAAUAAUAUUAUUUUGUAAAAACUUAAUAAUGUAAUUUUGUAAAUAAUAUAAGUAGGUAAAAUAUUAUUUCUCAUUUAUACCUAUCAAAACACGAAUGUGGCAAAUAUUAUGCACCUAACAGCUGGCGCCGAUAAUAUGGUCUAUUAUAAAUAUUGCUUAUCAAACUAUUCCGUUUUUAUUUUGUAGUAAAUUAUACAAUGCACUUAUAUACAUAUAAAUUGAUUUUAUUACCACA